AUGGUUCCCACUGGGUGGGCUGGGGUGGGAGGGGCUGUUGUGCAUGGUCUGGGAAAGCUGGAGAAGGCUGUUCCUUCGCCCUGAGCCUUGGAUUUCUUAUCUGUGAAAUGAGAAGCUGCAAUGAUGAAUGGCAAAGUACCUUUUUUUUUCAGCUCUGAGAAUCUAGGAUAUUUCACCAUUGGAAGACCAGCAGACAAUGUCACGACAACUCAAGAGGAUACAACAGGGUUGCUUCAAAAGACAAGCGUUUGGACCAUGUCAAGACCUGGAGUGAAGAAGGUAAUGAACUCCUACUUCAUAGCAGCAGGCCAUGGGCCAGCAGUUUGCCACUAUGCUGUCUCUUGGUUAAGGCAAGGUUUCAGUAUCACCCUGACUUCUUUUGGAAGGAUCCCUUGGCCUCAGGCUGGAGUGGGCACCUGCCCUAGCCCACAGAGCUGGGUUUCUUCUCCCUUUCUUCAACCACACAAGGAGCACCACUAUGCAAAGACCUCAUCACAUUCACAGCCGUCUCCCCAGAGCCUCGCACUGUGCUUGGCAUACAGCAGGUGCCCAGUAAAUACCUGCCAAAUGACUGAAUGCAUCUCGCCAGCCUCAGGAUGCCACCAGGCCCUGAGGGAGCCAGGAAGAUCAGAGGAAAGCUUUUGGAUUCCUGCCACACCUCACAUUAGCAGCAUCUUCUCCGAGUCCUGACAGCCAGCCUCCUGGGACACCAUUUGAGCCAGUUGAAUUCCGGUCACCGCUUCACCUUGGAAAGGCAUCCGCAGCC